CUGAACGAUCCUCCAUGCAACCUGCAAACAUGAGCUGCACCUGAGAUAAAGACCCCCCCUGCAGGAUUUCAUUUCAUAUUUUCAUUCAGAAACUCUACUCCCAUAAUGCUUUGGGAAUUCGGACUCGUGCUGCUGUUGGUCCUCGCUCCAAAAGCCGCCGGGUUUAAAGCAGGGGGCAGCUGGCUGGACCUGGGUCUGAAACCAGAACCCGGCGGCUCGGUGCGGCUGGCGGAUCUGCUGAAGGCGUCCUCACAGAACGAGGGUUCGGGGUUCGAGAUGGUCCGACGCAGACCCAAGAGGUCGGUGUUUCUGCUCUCCGGGGUGAGGAUCUGUCCUCAGGAGACCGUCGACGAGGUGCUGGCCACCCACCAGGCCUACUACCAGCUCAGAGUUUGUCAGGAGGCGGUGUGGGAGGCGUUCAGGAUCUUCUUCGACCGGAUCCCCGGCACCACUGAGUACCAGAAGUGGGUUCACACGUGUCAACACGAGUCGCUGUGCAUCUCCGACAUCGCCCAGAACUUCAGCAGCUCCGACGAGCACAUGAGCAUGAUCACCAGGAGGCUGAACCGGAUGAAAGACAGGAGGCCUCCGUCACGCAGAGAGAUGGUGACUCCUGCACCUCGGAUCCCAGAGGCAGCAGGUACAGAGGUUCAGACGGUCGCCGUGCCCUCCAUCACCACGAUCUCCCCCCCGAUCCUCACUGCCUCUCCGACCCCCGAGGAGACGAAGCAAGCAGAGGAAGAGGAAGAGGAGGAGUCGGAGCUCCCUAACGUGGUCCCUGAGGGCCCGUUGGAGCAGAUGUUGGAGUUCAGCAUCGACCUCGUGGACCCGGGUUACCGAGAGCUGCUGGACGACCCCGACUCGCCGCAGUACAUCGACCUGGCCCACCACCUGCAGGACCAGAUGCAGCACGUGUUCGUCAAACUGCCGGGGUUUAAAGCCAUCUACGUGCUGGGCAUCAGAGGGAAGCAGAACAAAGACGAGCUGGGAGCAGAAAGGAGAGGGUUUCUUGUCUUCAGUCCCGGAGGAAUCUCGGUGCACUACUCUCUCGUCUUUGAGAUAACUUCCCCGAAGAUCAGCUCGGAGGAUGCGGAGCUGGCGACCGACAAUCCGGAGGUUUCAGUCAUCGCUGACCUCAGAGACAUGGUGGCCAAGGCUCUACGAGAGGAGGCCUCGCUGCCAAUCGAUCUGAACUCCCUUAACUUCGAACCAGAAGUGAUCCGGCUACCAGCUCUCUCAGCAACCUCUACAAUUGAAGUGAACGAGCCGGAUUCUCACAACGAGUUUGAAGUUUCCACUGUUGAGCCGGAGGUGGAUAAACCGCGGCUGGAGGUCCCUCUCACCCCCUUGGAGAAGGAAAACGCCCUGGUGACCCUCCUGGAUCCCACCGCCGUGCCCGAUGAAGAGACCAUGGCAGGUGACGGGAGGGAUGGCGGAGAGCAGCAGCGAUCGCUCCCCCGCCUCGCAGGAUAUUACCGAGGAGGCAAUUUACGUGGGGAGUCGGAGCCAUCAAAUGAAGGAUUGCCAAUCAUUACGCACGAGAUUGAAACCAUACAUCACGACGAAACGGGCGAGCUGGUGAGAGACUACAUCCCCACCUCUGCUGUGAUCCUGGAGCUGGAGACGGACGCUCCAUACAUCAACCUGUCUCCUAACGUGAUAUCAGAGGAGGACCUGACUCCUGUUGAGGAGGACAGCGGGGGUUUGGAUGCUGUCGCCCCCACCGCUCAGAUGUUACUCACUACGGCUGCAGAGGAAGGGACCGUCACCACAGUUUCAGGCGUCACAGGCCAGCCGCCCACCGAGGCAACGGGAAUCGCCAAAGAAAACGAAGACGUUAACGCUCUGCCAGGUGAGGGACAGGCUGGGCUGGGUGUCCCGGAAACAGAGGAAGUUUCAGAAGAGUUGGAAGGUGAAUUGCUGGAGCCAGAAGAAGAAGAAGUAGCUGAAGUUUCAGAACCAGAAGGAGAAGUAGCCACAGUUUCAGAGCCAGAAGAAGAAGAAGUAGCCACAGUUUCAGAACCAGAAGAAGAAACUGAAGUUUCAGAACCAGAAGGAGAAGUAGCCACAGUUUCAGAACCAGAAGAAGAAACUGAAGUUUCAGAACCAGAAGAGGAAACUGAAGUUUCAGAGCCAGAAGAAGAAGCUGAAGUUUCAGAGCCAGAAGAGGAAACUGAAGUUUCAGAGCCAGAAGAAGAAGUAGCCACAGUUUCAGAAACAGAAGAAGUAGCUGAAGUUUCAGAACCAGAAGAAGAAGUAAUCGCCGUUUCAGAGCCAGAAGAAGUCCCAGAGGUUUUAGAAGAAGAAGUAGCUGAAGUUUCAGAGCCAGAAGAAGUAGUAGCUGAUGUUUCAGAGCCAGAGGAAGUAGCUGAAGUUUCAGAGCCAGAAGAAGUAGUAGCUGAAGUUUCAGAGCCAGAAGUAGUAGUUGAUGUUUCAGAGCCAGAAGAAGUAGUAGCUGAUGUUUCAGAGCCAGAAGUAGUAGUUGAUGUUUCAGAGCCAGAAGAAGUACCAGAGGAAGUAGCUGAGGUUUCAGAGCCAAUAGAAGAAGUAGCUGAAGUUUCAGAAUCAGAAGAAGUAGCUGAAGUUUCAGAAACAGAAGAAGAAGUACCUGAAGUUUCAGAGCCAGAAGAAGAAGUACCUGAAGUUUCAGAAACAGAAGAAGAAGUACCUGAAGUUUCAGAACCAGAAGAAGAAGUACCUGAAGAUUCAGAGCCAAAAGAAGUUGCUGAAGUUUCAGAGGAAGAGUCGGUUGUAGAAAACCAAGAGGAUGUCCCAGGAUCAGAGCCAGAAGAAUCUGAACCAGAAGCAGAAACAAGCGAUGCCGCGGUUGAGAUUUUGAACGAAGAACAUGUUGAAGAAGAGGUGGAAGUUCUGCAGCCAGACAAAGAAAUAGUUGAACUGGAAGGAGAGGUUGACGAGGAACCGGAAGAUGGUAUAUCUGAGGUAGAAGCAGAAGAAACAGAACCUGAAGUUCCAGAGGAAACAGAACCUGAAGUUCCAGUGGAAACAGAACCUGAAGUUCCAGUGGAAACAGAACCUGAAGUUCCAGAGGAAACAGAACCUGAAGUUCCAGAGGAAACACAACCUGAAGUUCCAGAGGAAACAGAACCUGAAGUUCCAGAGGAAACACAACCUGAAGUUCCAGUGGAAACAGAACCUGAAGUUCCAGAGGAAACAGAACCUGAAGUUCCAGUGGAAACAGAACCUGAAGUUCCAGAGGAAACAGAACCUGAAGUUCCAGAGGAAACAAAACCUGAAGUUCCAGAGGAAACAGAACCUGAAGUUCCAGUGGAAACAGAACCUGAAGUUCCAGAGGAAACAGAACCUGAAGUUCCAGUGGAAACAGAACCUGAAGUUCCAGUGGAAACAGAACCUGAAGUUUCAGAGGAAACAGAACCUGAAGUUCCAGGGGAAACAGAACCUGAAGUUCCAGUGGAAACAGAACCUGAAGUUCCAGAGGAAACAGAACCUGAAGUUCAAGGGGAAACAGAACCUGAAGUUCCAGGGGAAACAGAACCUGUAGUAGAAGCAGUUGAGGAGGAAGCAGCUGAUGUUGUGGAACCUGCAGAGGAAGAAGUCGCAGAGGUUCCAGAACCAGAGGAGGAAGUGGUGGAGAUUUUGAAAGUCGAAGAAGAAGUUGUUGAACCUACAGCGCCAGCAGAAUUAGUGGUGGAGGUAUUGGAACCAGUAUCUGAACCAGAGCAUGAACCUGAAGAUAACAUGGUUGAGGCAGCAGAAUCAGAGGAACCAGCACCGAGUGAGGAACUGGUUGAGGUUGUAGAGGAAGCUCCAGAACCAGGGAAAGAUUCAGAAGAAGUGGCAGAGCUAGAACAACCAGAGGAGGAAGUAGUUGGACCAGAACCACAGGAAGAGUUAGUUGCACCGCUAGCAGAAGAGUUACCCGAAGUUUCAGAGCCAGCAUCAGAAGAAGUCCCAGAACCUGAGGAGGGGAUAAUUGAACUUUUAGAACCAGAACCUGAGGAACAUGUCACUGAGCCGGCAGCAGAAUCCAUUACAAUCCUCGAGCCGCUGGACAGCAUGGAAGGUCUGACCGUUGGAGAGGACACUGUUGAGGUAAUCGAGGAUAACGAGUUCCUUCCACCGGUCGGAAUGGAUCAACACCAUCCUCUUGAGGAGGAUAACUUACCCAUCGUACCAGCAGUCAUGCAGCCUUCAGAGGAAGAUGAACCCGUCAUCGAUGACUUGAACAUCGAGGGGGAUGUUGACGGAUCUGAUACUGCAGAAGGAACUGAAGACACCGAAGACUCCAUAUCUCCAGAAAGUGACGUCAGCGUAACGGGAGCACCGGUCUCAGACGCCUUCCCUUCACCUCCGCCAACAGAAGUGUCUGAACUCGACCCGACUCCAGACUCUGGACUCUUUGAAGUAGCAGAACCGGAGGUGGAGCCGGCCAUCGUCAUUAUCGAUGAGAACUUGAACCCGGCCACGCCGAAAGGAAAUGAAACCCUUCUUCCGGUGCCGACGGGUGACGCCAUCGACGAGGCGGUCCAGGACCUGGCGGUGGAGCUUGACCAAACGGACGUAUCGGCCAACCAGGAUUCAGAAAAGGAGAGUGACUUCCGGUCCGUCGGGAAGGAGCGUACCACUGUUGCCGCCACGGCCCGGCCUCCGGUGAAGUACCUGACCACGCCCUCCAUGACCACGGCGAGCAACGGCCGAGAGCUGGUGGUGUUCUUCAGCCUGCGCGUCACCAACAUGGCCUUCUCCGAGGACCUGUUCAACAAGACGUCGUCCGAGUACAAGCUGCUGGAGAGCACCUUCUUAGACGUGCUGAUGCCGUACCUGCAGGCCAACCUGACGGGCUUCAAGAAGCUGGAGAUCCUGAACUUCAGGAAGGGCAGCGUGGUGGUGAACAGCAAGGUGAAGUUCUCCCGCUCGGUGCCGUACAACAUCACGGAGGCCGUGCACUGCGUCCUGGAGGAGUUCUGCUCCGACGCCAUGAGGAACCUGCACAUCCAGAUCGACACACACUCCCUGGACGUGGAGCCAGCGGACCAGGCAGACCCCUGUAAAUUCCUGGCCUGUGAGGAGUUUUCCCGCUGCUUGUUGAGCGGCAGGAUGAAGGAGGCCCGGUGUGUGUGUGAGCCUGGCUUCCUGUCAGUGGACGGUCUGCCCUGUCAGAGUGUGUGUGACCUGCAGCCAGACUACUGCAGCCCGGGGGGGGAGUGCAGCAUCCUGCCAGGACACGGGGCCGUGUGCAGACACAGAGACAGCUUCCCCCUCCCCGGCCUCUCCAGUUAAAGCGAUGCAUCUGAUUGGACGUCACCUGAGAACAAUACAACAGACUCGAUGAAACCAGACUCAGCAGGAACUCGGGACUCGUCUCUUCUCCAGAGCUGAAGAGCUUUCAGGACAAACUGUACCCACUCUCCAGAGCUCUCCAGACCCCAGAGGACGAUCUCCGGACAUUUAGGACACUUUGAACCCCCACGGGACGGCCUUCGUCUCAGCGGGGCGACGAAGAGGAGCUCAGCGGGCGGCUUCAGCAUCGCCCCGGUGGACACGGGUCCUCGCCGGACUGCUUUUGUACACGUCUGAUUCUCUAUGUGUGUUUGUGUAGUGAGUAGCAUGUUGAGCACACGCGUGAUGUUUAGGUUUGCUGACGCUGAAGCACAGGACGCACACACAUCAGCUCUCUACCCGGGACUGAAGAACCCUUCCAGUAGUGGCAGGAAACCAUUUCAUUGAGACUAGAUCCAUGGAUCCCAACCCUUAACAUCCUAAUGUAACACCAAAGCCACUUCCUGUCUGAAGCCUCUGUGUUUCGGUUUGGAGAACCUAAAAGUUGUUCCCUCCUCAGAUUGAUUCAUUUAAGAGGUUUUAAGCACCUAACGAGGGGAUAGUAACCAAGCUAACGGAAAAACUUCAGUCCAGAUGUUCCUGAAUCUUGGUGGAAGUGUGCAUACUGGAGCUAACACACCGGACACCUCACAUUAAACACAGCCGUCCCAGCUGCUGUGCGUGGCUGUACUUUGGUGCUAAAUGCUAGCGUUAGCCCCUCCUCUUCUAACAGGUUGCAGUUCCUCUUGUACAGCUCGUGUAAAUAGACUACACUCAGGUUUAUUGCUGCUUUUCCCGGGGCGUGACACACAUCUGUAAUAUGUAUUUUUCUUAUUUAACGUGUGAAACUGUCUUGGUGUUAUCACGAUAGCUGAAAAUACAAACUGUGUUGAAUAAGAGGCGGCGUGUCCUUCCUUUCUCUGAGGAGUUUCCAGCAGCAGGAGGAGAAGAAGGAGAGGCGGAGACUCGGUGAAACAUGGAAUGCUUUAAUUCUUCUGUUAGAGAUCAGCGUUAGAAAAGUGACAAAGGCAGUGCUUCCCCAGGAAUGAUUGUGAGGUGUGGAGCAGGAGCAGGACGCUUUCAGGGUGGGGGGUGGAGCUCAGGGAGCAGACCCAUUCACACCCGGCAUUAACGUGCUCUGAGGCAGGAAGGGGACCCUCUAUGUGUCUUCAUGCACCAGACACACUUUGAUCCCGGGGUUCUAGGUCAGGGUCCCACACUUUAAGGAGCUUUAAAAAGCUAAUGGCAGUCCUUCAGUUUGAAGCUA